AUCACAUGACUCAAACGGAGACCACUCAAGCCGUUACUCCACCGGCUCUUCCCGGUAAACAAUAUCAAUAGCCGGUCAACGCUAUAAAUAAUUCCCGCAACACAAAAAUCACACACCAUUCUUCUCCGACAAACUCAAGAACCCCAUUUCCAUCAAAUCAUCUUCUCCAAUUUCAUAAAUUCUGAUCACGAUAUUCCACUUUCUCGGUCCAUAUUUCUCCGAGUCAACCCCUUAAUUUCACCGGAAUCCUCCCUUAAUUUGUACUUUUAUAUAAUGAGUGCAGUCAACAUUACCAACGUGACGGUGUUGGACAAUCCGGCGUCGUUUUUGACGCCGUUUCAGUUUGAAAUAUCGUACGAGUGUGUUUCGGCUUUGAAAGAAGAUCUGGAGUGGAAACUGAUAUAUGUCGGAUCGGCUGAGGAUGAAACCUACGAUCAACUGUUGGAAAGUGUACUAGUGGGUCCCGUCAACGUGGGAAACUAUCGUUUUGUCUUUCAGGCAGACCCACCGGACCCAUCAAAGAUUCGUGAAGAAGAUAUAAUCGGAGUUACAGUGCUUCUGUUGACGUGUUCGUAUGUGGGUCAAGAAUUUGUGCGUGUGGGUUAUUAUGUGAACAAUGACUACGAUGACGAGAAGCUUAAAGAAGAACCGCCACAAAAGGUGAUUAUUGAUAAGGUUCAAAGAAACAUAUUAACUGAUAAACCGAGGGUGACGAAGUUUCCAAUCAAUUUUCACCCGGAAAACAGUGAAACUACACCUGAAGGUGGGGAAACAAGUGAACAACAACAAGAGCAACAACCACCUGGUAGCGAUCCUGUAGGUAAUGUGGAUCCUUAAUCGUUGAUGUUGGUUUUCAAUCUAGGUGAUAUUUUGCUGAUCUGUUAACAUGGAAUCGAUCAUGGUUUAGUUUUUGGGUUUGCUUAGUAAACUGUUGGGGGUGGUGGUCAUGCUUAAGAAAUGGUGUUUGGUUGAUUUGUUGUUGGUCAUUUAUAUUGCUUUUUGAAAUCAAAUAGAGUGAUAUAAAUGGUGAAAAGUUAAUGGUCA